ACUCUGUUUCCCCCCCCCAGCCUCGGGACGUACGCGUCGCUGCGGGGGAACAUCUACUGCAAACCCCACUUCAGCCAGCUCUUCAAAUCCAAGGGCAACUACGACGAGGGCUUCGGGCACAAACAGCACAAGGAGCUGUGGGCGGGCAAAGCGGAGGGUGAGGAAUCCCCGGAGAAAACCCCGCCCGGGGCGAACGCGACGGAAGCCCCGCAGAGCCCCGGGGUGGAGGACGCCCCGAUUGCGAAGGUCGGGGUCCUGGCAGCGACUAUGGAGGCAAAAGCUUCGGCUGUGCCCGAAAGGGAAGAGCGACCGGCGGAAACCAAGAAGCUCCGGAUCGCCUGGCCCCCUCCCUCCGACCAGAGCGUCCAAGGAAGUGCCUUAGAGGAGGGCAUCAAGGUGCUCAAACCCAAGUGGCCCCCGGAGGAGGAGGUUUCCAGGCCGGACGUGCAGGAGGAGGUGGACCUGGACCUCAAGAAGCUGAGGAGAUCCUCCUCGCUGAAGGAGCGGAGUCGCCCCUUCACGGUGGCGGCCUCGUUCAGAACAGUGUCCGUGAGGGGCCACAGGGCAGAGAACUCGCCCUCUCCUCCCAAAGCUGAGAGGGACACGCGGAGGAAGGGGGAGGAACUGGAGAGAGAGGAGAAAAAGCAAAAGGAGAAGGCGGCUGAGCACAGGAACACCCAGAAGGAGGAGAAGGACGUGGAGGAGGAGCGGGAGCUGUGCGGUGUCAGGACGGCAGAGCUCGGCGUCGUGGAGAACGGGCAGGGGGGCCUGGAGACAGACGAGGAGGAGGAGGAACACGCGGCGGGAGAGCCGGAGGUCCCAGGGGAAGAGCUCCCGGAGCCGAAUUCUCCCAAACGUUCCAGCCUGGCCCACGUGGUGACUGCCAAGGAGUCCUCCCCGAGCCAGCACCGCAAAUCCCAGGACGUGGGUUUCUGGGAGGGCGACGACGUGGAGGAUCUGUCCGUGGAGGAGCAGAUCAAAAGGAACCGUUACUAUGAAGACGAUGACGACGACGAUGAAGAAUAAAUUGGCCUUUUUUCACUAGGAAACUUGCUGCAAGGUGCUGGGCCUUUUUGGAAAUGGGUAUUUUUUUUUUUUUUUAGCUUUAACAGACAGCUCUCCUCCACGAAGCGAUGCCACACUGCACGUCAAGGGAAUCCACGUCCAAAUCAUCUCAGCUGGGAAGCUCUGGAAGCCUGCAAAGGGUCUCUUUGGGUGCAUGGGAACGAGGGUCUGCGGGGCAGCAGCAGCAGCAGGGAGUGUCUGCCCACGGGCUGUCCUGCGCUCGUCUCAUCCCUUUGGGCUCAAAUUCCACUAACAAACAACUCCUGGAAUUCCACCAGCGACCCCUGGAACUCCGCUGGGGUGGAACACGCCACUUGUACCACUACAAAUGCUACUGCAGUGCUUAGGGACCAACUUCAAAGGGACUUUCUGGCCUGCUUUAAAAACGGUCACUUAAUGCACUUUAAUACGUGGAAAGGGGCACAACUGGGCUUUUAUAUAAUUUUUUUUCUUUUUUUUUUUUAAUAAUAAUAAUAAUAA